GUCAUUGACGCUUCGUACCCGGAAGUCUUUGUAAACAAACCCCGAGUUUCUCCCGAGCAACAGGGAGAGAAGGAGCCUGUUUGAGCUCCGCGAUGAGAUGAUAAGAAGGAACAUGGAGGAGGAGGAGGAGGAGGAGCAGCGGCAGCAGCUCGCAGGGAACCCGGACUGGAUGUCCCGUCUCCCCGCGGAGCUGCUGGACGUCCCGCUGUGGAACCUGGCCCUACCAGGGAGCCAUGACAGCAUGUCCUUCUGCCUGGAUGUGUCCUCUCCCGUGCUGAGAUCAGAGUCCUGCCUCCUCAGAGUGUUCGACAGGGUGUUCCCCUGCUGGACUCGACCCUGUGUGUACCGCUGGGCCACCACACAGCAGUCGGUCCUCAGCGAUCAGUGUGACCUCGGUAUUCGGUUCUUGGACCUGCGGAUCGCCCGGAAGCCAUCGGGAGGCCACGCACUGUUCUUCGCCCACGGCCUCUACACGCUGCUGGACGUCACGGAGGCUCUGGACGAACUGGCCUCCUGGCUGGAGGCUCAUCCCAAAGAGGUCGUGAUCGUCUCCUGCUCGCAUUUCGAUUCGCUGACGGACGGAGAUCACGCCCGUCUGGUGGAGAACAUCCUCACGCUGUUCGGAGAUAAACUCUGCUCCUCAAAGGAGACCCCCACUCUGCGCUCAUGUUGGUCCAGAGGGCAGCAGGUCAUCCUUUCCUAUGGAAACCAGCAGGUGGUGCUGAAGCACCCUGAGCUGUGGGCUGAAAUACCUUACAGGUAUGCAGACAGCCCAGACCCGAAGAAGGUGAUCGCUUUCCUCGAGGACCAGAAGCGCAGAAGACGACCAGCUGGUUUCUACGUCAGCGGCCUGAACCUGACCGAAGACGCCCCGUACGUCCUCCUCCAUCCCCUCCAGACCAUGAGGAAGAUGACGAUGAAGGGCCUCACGUUGCUGCUGAGCUGGGCGAGCGAGCAGCGGCCGGGGCCCGGGGACGGCGGGGUCAACAUCGUCUGCUGCGACUUCGUGGACCUCAGUCAGUUCUGCUCGCUCGUGAUCGGCCUGAACUACAAGCUGUGUCCCGUCUGCAGGACACAGGGAGACGCCACUGGCUGUGCCUGAGUUCCAACGUACAACAAUCACCUUUUGCUUUGUUUACACACAUACAAAAAUGCCCCAUGUCUUAUACUCCUGAAUCUCUUCCUGUUUACACUGGAAUGUCUUGAUCAAGUUUAACAUUAAUACAAAUGUUAAUGUAUUUAACUGAAACUACUGUAAGACAGCACACUGUAGUGUACGGCACCAAAUAUGUCAGAUCAUGUGAAUAUGUCCCAUUGGAUUUGCGUUGUUUCACUCCUGUCUGUCACAUUACACAGGAUAUGUGACUACUAUAUUUAAAAUGGCCAUAUUCAGAUUUUCUGGUGCCACAGUAGGUCCCACUAUGCAAUAAUGUUCAGCAGUUUACACACAUCAAAAACAAUUUUAACAUCUGCAACAGCAAUAAGCACAUUUUAAGUUUUUCCUUAUAUGCAGCAGUUAUAUACUUUUAUUAUAACCGGCUGUAAUGUCAUUUAUUAUAUUGUUCCAUGGGAGAAGGUAUUAACGAACACAUCAAUAAACAUAUGCUCACAAAUAUUAUAUUUGAGUAUGUAUAAACAAUAUAUAUAAUGAUAAUGUGUAUUAUUAUCAUAUUUGUGAGCAUGCGUUUAUAAAGGUAUUUACUAGAUAAAUCAGAAUUGUUGUUUUUCUUGUGCACAAAUAUUGAGCA